AUGAAGUUACUCACAGCUACCGCGCUCGUUGCGCCUGUCUACGCCGGACUCCGCUUUCCGUGUUCGACUUUGACUAUUCAGCGUCUCGACCCCGUCGUCCAGCCCGGCGAGAGCCCGUCCGCCCACGUCCACCACAUCGUCGGUGGAAAUGCCUUCAAUGCUACCAUGGAAGGUGACGUUGGUGCCAGAGCCUCUUGCACCACCUGCCAAAUGUCCGAGGACUUUUCCAACUACUGGACUGCCCACUUAUACUUCAAGCACCCCACCAACGGCUCUUACCACCGCGUACCAGUGGUCCCCGUCCAGCCUUUGCUAGGAGGUUCCAACGGUGCCCAAGGUGGACUUACGGUCUACUACACCCAGUUCGACCUGAGCAGAGACAACCUCGGCCAACAAAAGAUCAAGGCUUUCCCUCCGGGAUUCCGAAUGACUGUCGGUAGCCCGACCGCUGAGACCCGAUCGCACAUCGGUCUCAACUACCAAUGCAUGACUGGAGGCAGCCGAGGUCCCCUGCGAUCCGACUUCCCCACUAGCCCAUGCUCGGGCGGUAUCUUUACCUCUCACCACUUCCCCGCAUGCUGGGACGGCAAGAACCUUGACAGCCCGGACCACCAGUCUCACAUGUACAACACCGUCGACUCGGACUACUUCAACAACGCACCUCCGUGCCCGGCUUCCCACCCCGUCCGUGUACCCCAAGUCACAUUUGAGACCACCUGGGACACGACCAAGUUCAACAGCAUGUGGACCUCGGGCGCCCCCAACCCAUUCGUCUGGAGUUUCGAGGGUAGCGGGUUCGGCACGCACGCCGACUACAUGUUCGGCUGGAAGGGUGAUGCUCUACAGCGCGCGAUGGACAAGUCCGAGUGCUUCUACGACGGCUGCGGAUCCAUCACCAAACAGGCCAUGGCCACGGCUAACCAAUGCAAGAUCGCCACCACGAUCGACGAGGAGACCGAAGGAUGGCUUGACAAGCUACCCGGUAUGCCAUGA